GACGUCAGUAUGGGCGUGUAGUGCCGCCCGCUCACCCGGCUGCUGCUGCUGUCAGAUGAUCACCCGGCUGCAGACGGAGUCAGCUCCGGCUCAGCAGCGAUGGAUCGUGGUCUGUGCGCCGUCCUGACACCGUCCCGUUGCAGCUGGCCCGCACCGCCGGAGCCCCGGCAUCCCACCAUCCAGCCGGGCUGUGGCUGCUGCUGAGACCGCGGAGCAUGAGCUAGCGUCCCGAGACCUGGGGUCUGCUUGUCAGCCGCCAGCCAUGGGGGAUCUCCGGGAGAGGAGCGGCGCCCGGGCACCUGCUGCCUGCCUCCUGGCUAUUCUGCUUCUUCAUCUUGAAAGCACGGGAGCAGAGUCGGAGCAGCUAUCUGAGAAAAAGACGACAAUUCUGCCGCCGGGGAAAUAUCACUACACCAUUGCUGGGUCCAAAUAUGAUUUAGUCUGUGACAAAUGCCCAGCUGGCACGUAUGUGUCCAAACACUGCACUGAGUCUGCCCUCCGCGAGUGUAGCCCUUGCCCCAAUGGCACAUUCACGAAGCACGAGAACAGGAACGAGAGGUGCCAUACGUGCGGGCCACCGUGUCAGCGGCCCAUGAUCACAAAAACGCCUUGCUCUGCCUUGACUGACCACGAGUGCUCAUGCUCUGCCAAUGCUUAUCUCAUCAAUGGCACUUGUGCCAGCCAUACCGUGUGCCCGGUGGGAUGGGGUGUGAGGAAGAAGGGGAGCGAGACAGAAAAUGUGAAAUGUAGGGUGUGCUCCCGCGGUACGUAUUCUGAUGUGCCUUCCAGUACUAUGAGAUGUAAGAGCCACACCAACUGCUCAGAGCUUGGCCUGGCCAUCCUGGAGCCUGGGACAAACCAACAGGACAAUAAGUGCGGACCCCUCUCUUCCUCUUUCCCCUCCACAGACGUCUAUUCUCCACCCACUGAAUAUGAUCCAGUAGAUGUUUACAACGAAACUGAAGUGAACGAAGCAAAAUACUUGAACAUGACGGAUAACUUGGGCCAGCCAGACCCCAACGGAGAGCAUCGGCAGCUGAGCGAAGACGUCCAGAGGCCGGUAGUGGUGAUGGGCAGAGACGACGGCCUCAAAAACACUGUUUUCAAGACCACUAAGAGGGGACCUCCGCGCCAGCCCCCAAGUCACUUUGACAUCAACGAGCACCUUCCCUGGAUGAUUGUACUGUUCCUGCUCCUCGUACUUGUGAUCAUUGUGGUUUGCAGCGUCCGGAAGAGCUCCCGCACGCUCAAGAAAGGGCCAAAGCAGGACCCCAGUUCCAUCGUGGAAAAAGCCGGAUUCAAGAAGUCUGCAGCACUGCCCCAGAACCGGGAGAAAUGGAUCUACUACUGCAACGGCCACGGUAUUGACAUUCUGAAGUUGGUGGCAGCUCAGGUUGGCAGUCAGUGGCAAGAUAUCUACCAGUUCCUGUGCAAUGCCAAUGAGCACGAGGUGGCAGCCUUCUCCAAUGACUACACGGCGGAUCAUGAGCGGGCCUACGCAGCGUUGCAACAUUGGACUAUCCGAGGACCCGAGGCCAGUCUAGCAAAGCUCAUCAGUGCUUUACGCCAGCACCGGCGCAAUGACGUGGUGGAGAAGAUCCGUGGCCUCAUGGAGGAUACUGUCCAGAUAGAAGACGAAAAGCUCACUCUUCAAGUGAAUCCUAACCCACCGAUCCCAACUCAGGAUCCUAGUCUCAAGGCUCCUGACCCUGCCGUCCUGACGGUAGAGCCAUCUCCUCUGGACAAGAAUAAAGGGUUCUUUGCCGAUGAAUCAGAACCUCUGCUGCGCUGUGACUCUACAUCCAGCGGCUCCUCUGCGCUCAGCAGAACGGGCUCAUUUAUAACCAAAGAAAAGAAAGACACAGUGCUGCGCCAGGUUCGCUUAGACCCCUGUGACCUGCAGCCCAUCUUUGACGACAUGCUUCCCAUCCUUAGCCCCGAGGAGCUUCACGUCAUCGAUGAAAUCCCACAGGCGGAGGACAAGCUGGACCGCCUAUUUGAGAUCGCAGGCGUGAAGAGCCAGGAGGCCAGCCAAAAACUCCUCGACUCUGUCUACAGCCACCUCCCGGACCUGCUGUAGCCUUAGGAAUAAUAUAAUAAAUAACCUGAGUGUUA